AUGACCAAUGAAGCUGAUCGUGCUAUUCGGUGCGCCGAUGAGGCACUUGCAAGUCCAAACCUGGAACAUGGCUCUCUGGCUGCCACGAUCAGUUCGAGCACAACAAAGGGUAGCGAGCUGGUCAUUGUCAACGGUCCUGAAGUGACUGUGCAGGAAAUUCCCGCUGUCGACGUCGAGGAGAGCCUCCACCACGACAAGGGCCUCUCUAGCCUAUCGGACCGCCUGAACGCUGCCUUUGCCCAAGAUGGCCAUCUGAUCUGCCUGCCACAGGGGACCAUGGCCAUCUCCCUCUCCGGCCAUUUACUAGACGCGGAACUGCCGAUGGCGGUCAUGAGUAGAGGGUACAGUAAAGCACGUGGACAGCCUGUAGUCAUGCGCUGGAGAUCUCCGGCGGCACUCAGCGGACAGCCAGCAAAACGUAAACCACAGCCGCCCGAGAAGUCACGAGCAAAAGACCCGUUCAAUCCGAAGUCCACAGGAGGUUUCAGCAAGCCUCUCGGCCGCAAACCUAAGCUCAGAGACAAGUGA